AUGGCGACUGAUAGCGAGAAAGACCCAGUGGACACUGCUCGCUAUGAUCCGCAGUCACCGUCCACUGUCGACGACCCCAGCUCUGCUCCCCCGGUCGUGACGCUGAAGACAUGGAUAGUCUCGUGUAUUCUCUCCUGCGGUUAUGGCUUGUCCUUCUGGCCCGUCCCUGUGGUGUCGGCAAUUGGCACCAUGAUUUCAACAGACAUGGGUGAUCCGACUGGAUACAUCUGCGGUCCAAACACCGAUCUUCUGGGCCGACGCUGGUUCCUUGUUCUGGGCAAUCUGGUUUGCUUCGCCGGUCACGUCAUUGUGGCUUCUGCCAAAAAUACGAACCAGAUCAUCGCCGGACUGGCUGUCGCUGGCUUCGGCGGAGCGAACUGCCAGAUGGCUGCAUUUGCACUUCCUGAGCUUCUGCCAAACAAGUGGCGCCACAUUGGCGUGGUCAUUGCCGACUUGACUGUCUACAUCGCCGUUAUUGUUGCCCCGGUCACUGCGCGUUACGGCUAUGAACUGGGAACCUGGACAUGGAACUUCUGGGGAAUCGCUAUUUUCCAGGGUCUGUCAUUCAUCGGCCUGCUCGUUCUCUACCACCCGCCCAAGCAUCCUCUCGGAGUCUCCUACAGCGAGGCAUUCAAGUCUCUGGACUACGUCGGGGCCUUCCUCUUCAUCGGUGGUGCGGUUCCCUUCCUGAUGGGCAUUGUCUGGGCUGGCGUUUAUGACUCCAACGAUGCGCACGUUGUCGCUCCCCUCGUCGUUGGCGCUGCUGUGCUGGUCGUAUUUGCCCUUUGGGAGUCAUUUGGCAAUCUCAAGUACCCCCUUACGCCAACCUACGUCUUCUCCAGCUCCUGGGGCCGCGACUUCACCGCACCCGUUAUCGCCCUGGGCGUUGUCAACAUGUUCUACUACUCGUCUAGCAUUCUGUGGCCCCAGAUGAUCACUCUGUUCUACACCAACGGUGGCGCAGACUGGAAGUACUCGAUUGUUCUCUCCCUUCCUCAGGGUUUUGCCAUUUUCUUCGGUGCUAUUCUGCUCUCUGCAUUUGGCAGCAAGCUCCGCAACUGGCAGUGGCAGUUGACCGGGUCGGUGUUUGUUAUGGUCCUCUUUGGCAGUUUGUUAGGCAUCGUCACGCCUGACAACAAGGGAACUAUGAUUGCAUUCAUCUUCCUUUCGCAGGCUGGCUUUGGCUGGGGUCUGUACCUGAGUAUUGCCAUUACGCAGAUGGGUGUCGAGCACAAGAACCUAGGUGUCAGUGGGGGUAUCUCCGGUUGUAUUCGAUUCGCAGCUGGUGCAAUUGCGACGUCUAUCUACCAGACCGUUUACAGUAAGAGCACUACCAAGUACAUGAUGAAGUACAUCCCGCCCGCAGUGACUGCCGCUGGCUUGGAUGAGGGCAAGGUUGAAGAGCUCAUGGGCGUUGUAUCUGGUGGAGCUGCUGCUCUCAAGGACUACAGUCCAGCCGUUGCUGCUGCUGCCGAAGCUGCCCUUGCCAAUGCUUACUGCAAAGCCAUUUUCGUGGUUGCUAUGGUAUCCAUGGCCUUUGGUAUCCUCGGAUUGGGAGCUUGUCUUUGCUGCAAGGAUGUGGACUCUAAAAUGACCAACAAGACUACUGACAACUACACAGAUUGA